AUGAGUCUUAAGAAGAAGUUAACAGCUGUGAAGACAGGCGCAGUGAGCAUGGUGAAAAAGGCCUUAACCUUAGAGAAAUUGUUUCAGUUGUUAAGUCAGGAGAAGUGUGAUGCCCUUCUUCAUAUGAGUGAUAGAGAAGAGAAGACAGGUGAGAAGACUGAUGAAGAGAGAACAGGUGAGAAUGAGAUAAAAGAAAAUGAUGAAGAUGAAGAGUUAGAAUUCUGA